AUGAUGGAGAUAGCGGCGCCAUCCUCUUCCGCUGGGACUUGCCCUAAUCCACAAGCCUCUUUGCAAGUUGCUAUUCAAGAUUUCCAGAGCAUAUUGACGGACGGACAACGUCACAAAUUACGCACCAUCGGUAGCAUCCGUGAUGCGCAAAGCGUCAUGAUAUUCACCGCCCAGCUCGAGCACGAGAAUCGAUUGGCAGGUCGUCCUGGUGUCUCUAACCGUCUUUCUACCGUCCUUGAAUCUGUGCAGGCAUUCGCUGGCGUGGUCGGGACGUUUGUCUCGUCACACCCAGAGAUAGCGGCCUUGGUUUGGGGUAGCGUCAAGCUCACCAUGCUUGAAGAGAUGCAAGAAGACGUGCGAGCCGUACAACAGAUGGGCGAGGAAGUGAAGGAGGAAAUAUCCUUGGCAACAGCACGUGCACAACACGAAGAUGAAGAGCUUCAGGCGAGGGAAAGACGAGCAGCUUUCCGGGACAGAUCAAAAAUGUGGAAAUUCCUUCCGAGAAUGGAACAUGACAUUAGUGCGAUCAAGGAGAUGCAUGAGCAACAGUUAAGGCGAAAAGCCAAAGAGGAAAGGCAGCGACUUCUCGAGUCACUCUCUUCCCACGAGUACCGCACUCCAUUCUGGGAAGCCUGCAAAAAGCGCCAACGCGAUACGGCGGAAUGGAUCUUCGCGGUCCCGGAAUUCAAGCGCUGGUAUGACGGAAGCGGGCCGUCUCUCCUCUGGUGCUCCGGAAAAAUUGGAUCUGGAAAGACCGUCCUAUGUGCUAAUGUUGUCAAUCAUGUCUUCUUGCACAAAGGCCGCCAUGACACCGCCACAUUCUUCUUUGUGGAUCGUGACAACGCCGAAUCUCUUCAAGCCGAGACACUGAUUCGAUCGAUCAUCCGACAGUCUAUAGACUCCACAGAAGUACCGCAGUAUCUCGAGAGCCGGCUCACAAACCUGGAUCACGCUGUUUUUGUCCAGCUUGACGCAUGGAUCGACUUACUUCGAUACGUCGUUCAGCAAUCAACUGCUUUUUAUAUCCUAAUAGAUGGUCUUGACGAGUGUGACGCAGCUGAGCGACAGGCUGUUUUCGAUGCGCUCUCGUUACUUGCCGCUACGGCAUCAUGCUUGAGAAUUUUUAUUUCCAGCCGUGAAAGCGUUGACCUGGACCUGCGAGGCAGAUCUCUUCCCAUGAGUCGUGUUUCUAUGUCGUGUGACAGCCUCAUGUCCGACAUUCGCUCAUACAUUGACACAUCUCUUCAAAAACGGCUACAGAAUGAAGAGUUAGUAUUCGGCGAUGCCCAUCUACUGGUCGAAGUAAAUGAUGCGCUAACUCAACAUGCGGACGGAAUGUUUCUCUGGGUUACUUUUCUGAUUGACGAAAUCUGCGCUGGAAGCUGCGACGAUGAUAUUCGGCGAUCUUUGCGCCAACUGCCGAAAGAUCUGGAAGAAACAUUCAAGCGAGCAUUACUACGUAUCUUGUCCCGAGCGAAACAUGUCGAAUUGGUACAGAGAACAUUUCGAUGGGUAGCGGUAGCGCGACGGCCACUAACAUUGGACGAGCUCCGUGAAGCUGUCUCUAUUGAUGUCGGACAGACGCAUUCUCGGCCCGAGCGCUUGCCUCAUCACAUGAACCGCAUUUUGUUGUGGUGCGAGAAUCUUCUUCAUCUUACAGACGAGGAACCUGCACAAGUCCAAUUCGCUCAUGCUAGCGUCCGCGAUUUUAUAACAAGAGCAACUCUACCGGGACAGCUCUUUCGUUUCCAUGUUGAUCUGAGAGAGACGGACCAUUUUGCCGGCGAAAUAUGCGUUACGUACCUACACUUUAGCGAUUUUACGACGACAAUAGCCCGACGACAAAAGCCAGUGCAGCUAAAUCCUGUGAGAUUAGCCGUUACAGCUCUUAGCCGAGAGACGAACAUGGCGCGUAUUUCAGAAGUCGUCACCCACUUUGCCUCCAGGCGCCGCAAAACAAUGGCAGACCCAGAUUUCAGCAGAAUUGAAGCCAAGUAUGGAAAGUCUCAUGAUAUAGGCAAGGAAACGCUUCAGAACAGCCAUCCGUUUCUUCAAUACGCAGCAACGCACUGGGUAACCCAUACUGUUCACUUUGAAGAGAAACAAUGCAUCAUUUGGGACCUGUGGCUUCUACUUGUUUCGGGCUGUUCCAGCUUGGCGCGAAUACCAUGGGAUAGACAAGGACUACUUGUCUGGAGUCACAAAACACGCCACUACGCACUCCUUCGCCACGCAUUAAAUUUCGAGCGACAGUACGAACUGGGGGAAAUAUAUCAUCUGUUGAAAAUCUCUGCAACACGAGGUGAUAGCAAGGCCGUUGCUAUUUUCCUUGAAACUUGUACAGGGUCAAUUAGCUACUUUGAUAUGUUGCUUCCAAAAGUGUCUGAAGGCGGCCAUGCAAAGGUAGUUGAUCAGCUUCUUGGUGUAGGGGCAGAUGCCAACGCCGCUGCUGAUGAGUAUAGAGGGCAGACAGCCCUGCAGGCGGCGUGUGGUGGUGGCCACCUUGAGGUAGUAGAGCGACUACUUGGUGCUGGGGCGGACGUGAAUACUGCUGUCACUAAGCAUUCCGGACAGACGGCCUUACAAGCGGCGUGUGGCGCUGGUCAUCUAGAGGUGGUCGAGCGACUAAUUGAUGCCGGAGCGGACGUGAAUGCUGCUACCGCUGAAGUCAAGCAACUCAGAGCCUUGCAGGAGGUGUCUAGCAGUGGCCAUCUCGAGGGAGUGGUGGAUGACCAUCUUGAUAGAGUUCUGAGCGGCCAUCUUGAGGUGGUCGAGCGGCUACUCAUUGCCAGAGCGGACGCUGAUGCUUCUGGAUUAGAAAACGAGGGACUCACAGCCCUACAGAUAGCGUCUAAGCAUGGUCAUCUUCAGGUGGUUGAUUUUCUGCUCGGCGCCGGAGCAGACGUUAAUGCCGAUGCCGCUCCUCUCGAAGGACUCACAGCCCUACAGGCGGCGUCUAGCGGUGGCCAUGUUACGGUAGUAGAACGUUUGCUUUAUGCCGGAGCGGACGUUAAUGCUCCCGGCGCUGUGGUUGAAGGACUCACAGCCCUACAGGCGGCGUCUAGCGGUGGUUAUCUCCAGGUAGUUGAUUUUCUGCUCGGUGUCGGAGCGUGGGUUAAUGCUACUCCCGCGUUUCUGCGAGGAGUCACAGCCCUACAGGCGGCCUCUGGCAGUGGCCAUAUUGAGGUAGUAAAACGUUUGCUCCAUGCCGGAGCUGAUGUUAAUACCGCGGCCUCUAGAAUUGGAGGACGGACGGCUCUACAAGUGGCGUCUGACCGUGGCCAUCUUAAGAUAGUAGAGCUACUUCUUGCUGCCGGAGCGGAUGAUGACGACGCUGCGACUUAG